CAGGAAAUUUCAAAUUUCAACAACGAAGUAAUAAAUAUUGGAUUUAGAAUUAAAUUUUGAAUGAAUUUUCUCAAUUUUAAGGAUACCCAGUUCAAAGUUGAAAGUAGUAAGAAUGAAAACGAAACAAACGAAGGCCAAAGUUACUACGAAAGAGCGAAAAUUAAAUAUUGAAAAAUUAAUUGGACCACUUCCACCUGCGAAGCGACAAAACACAAAACAAAGUCUGGUCCUAACUAUUUGGAGGAAGCGGGCCGCGGGGUACACACGUGUUUAUUUCUUUCCAGUUUCAAGUGAUAUUAUCGUUUCAUAAGGAUUUGUGUCUUAAAUUGAGGAUUUUACUUUCAUGGAAUUAUCGUUUCAAUAGUUUGUGAUCAUAAAGCAGCGCAUCCUCAAAAAUGGAUAAAAUCGAAGAACUUUUUGUCAAAAUCGGCAUUCCAAAAGAGGAUUCUGCGACGUAUGCGGUUAAUUGUGUAAACCAAAAAAUUACCUUUGAAACGUUGGUGAAACUUACGAGAGAGGAUCUGAAAGAGUUGAAAAUUCGAAUAUGGCAUCGUGUACUGAUCGAGGACCACUUCCGCUCAGAGGUAAUACUACGCAAGAAUAAAGCACGUUAUUCUGGCAUAAAAAACUCAUUUGAAACCGUACUCGAAGCGUCGGAGACAUGGUUUGUCGACAAAACCAUGUUGAUCGCCACCGUUGCAAAACUCCUCCUGCCUUCGUCCACAUCCUCGAAAUUAGAACAACGUGACCCAUUGAUGAUCACAGCUCCGAGUAAAUUUGGAAAAACGACGAACUUGGAAAUGUUGUUGUGCUUUUUUAGCGGAAUAGUUAGCAGAGAAACGUUCGAAAAGCUGAAAAUAGGCAAAACUUCAGCGAUGCAAUGGUGGGGUCAAUUAAACCCAAUUUACGUCGCUUUCGGCAAUUUUUCCGAUUCCAUUACCAUUAGAUCUGAAGAGGACUGUUGGAAAGCGUGCCGCUCCAUCGUUCACACCGCCUUCAAAAACUUCGAUCAUAUCGUGGACCAUCUUUCAAAAAGUAAAGUUUCAGCCUUCAAGAAAUGGCUAGAUGAAGAUUUGUACCUCAAUAAAACGAUACAAGAGGUCGGAAAUGGUCUCCGAUUUCUCGUACAGUGCGUCCAUGAAUACGAUAGAGAACGACACGUCCUCUUGUUGAUCGACGAAUUUGACCGAAUUUAUACAUCUGCUUGUUGGUUUACAACAUCGGAAGAGCUAAAACACAUUAUAAGAUUUUGCUGCGAUUUAGUUGGACAAGUAGUCAAGCACAAAGCCCUCUGUGUUGCGGUAUUAAGUGGAGUUACUGCUGUACACUUGUCAGAUUCGUUGAAUAAUGUCAACUGGCGCAGAUUCCUGGAAGAAGAAAAUUUCUCGACGUUCUACGGAAUAACUGAAAAGGAAUUCUCAGACGUUAUGAAAAGACCAAAGAUUUCCGCAAAGGUUCGUGCUUCAAGUGCUGAAGCACUCCAAUGGUACAAUGGGUAUGAAGCAUUCGGUACCAAAAUUUUAAAUCCGUUCUCCGUCAGAAAAUUUAUUGAAAAGGAGAAGAUUGCGCCGUAUUGGAGGGAAUCCUCAUCUGCAGAUUCUCUAGAUAGAAAUAUUUUUCGACCGAAAGAGAUAAGAAAUACAAUAAUAGACUUGAUUCACGAUCGAGCAACAACUAUAUAUUAUUUAAAACCUAUGUUGAAAGCGACAGAUUUCGAUUCACUUGAAAAUGAAACACAGAAACUCUUACGCACUGACGUGAUACUGAAUUUGCUACUGCAGCAAGGGUACAUUACUAUUAUUGGUGAAAGAAGAUGUACUACAGUAAAAAUCAAAGCACCCAACAUCGAGGUGAAAGAAGAGCUCAACGAACUGUUGAGGCAAUAUUAUGUUGAGAUUUGCAGAUUUGAUCCGGAAAAAAUGGGCGAGUGUCGUGAUUGUUUCUCAAACAUGGACAUGGAGAAGAAAACAUCUUGUGAAGAAAAUCUCAAACGUAUUAAAACAAUUUUGAACGAACUUUUUAGCGCAGUUGACUUAUCGGAAAUUGAUGAAUUUUGGUUUAAAUCUUUUUUGUUUCAAUUGUUCUUCCAAAACUUCCGCAUACAAGAGCAGGAAAAAGUUCCUGGAACCAGUGUCAAAAAUGAUCGAAGAUUUUGGAAACAACUAGACAUGUGUAUCUCGGCAGAAGAUCGAUGGUUUGUGUUUGAAUUCACAAAAACACACUCGGCAAAGAAAGCACUGAAUAAGAUAUCGAAGAAGAAAUAUUUUAAUGCAGCACUACAUUCGAAGUCACGAUAUCUAUUAAUUGGAAUAGCUGUGGGCAAGGUUGAAGAAACCAUAGACGUAUCAAUAAAUUAUUUAUUUAAUACAACGUUAGGUAAGGGUACGAUGAUCUAAAUUUAAAAGUGUUUACCUCAUGCUUUGUUUAUAAAAUUUUAUGUAUUUCAACGUUUGAAGGAUUCGUGGGAUUUUAUUAUACAUAAGCAAUAAUAGAUGAGACGUUCUUUUAUAUAUGUACUUCAGUGAAUCAUUCCAUGACCAAGAAUACUUAAAUGCUGCAACUUUCUACUUGAUUGUAAAAAUUUUUAAUGUACUUUAAUGUUACGUUUCAACUUAUUGUGGAUUUAGUUUUAAUUCUUUUUUAAACACACGUUACACAAAAGUGCUUUUAUGUGGUCAAAUUAUUCCUAAUAAAUUACAACGAGCUGCGAUUAA